AAACUUGCUUUCUAGAAAUUUUGAAAUAUUGCUCAUUACUCUCAUUCACCGGAGGCCUAAAUAAUUAAGAUCCGUGUUUUGCUUGUUUACAAAGGUUUUCUAUACAUUUGACGUAUUCUGUGCACAUUGCUGAUUAUAAAUAUACUCACGUUUUCGUCCCGAUUGCCUCUUGUUAUCUCCAAAAUACUUGUCAGCUAUGCAGUUUGAAUGUUUUUGCAUCAUCUUCCAGCCUUUUUCCUGCUCGCAUAGCCACAAUAUCGCCGAACCGAACCCACUAGUGAUAACUGUCUCGUCAAAUACAUGUAUUUCCCGAUUGGAAUGUGAUUAUUUGGUGAAUUUAAGUUAUUUUUUAAUGCGUGGCUUUAUUAAAAUCAGAGAUGAGACCGUGCUCUAGGAUAAAAGAGGGCCUGAAAAUGACAUGAAAAAAUUCUAGUGCAACCCUCAAAAACCUGGAUAUCACAAAAGCAACUAUGGCGAAAACGAGUAUGGCGAGUUUGAUGAUCGACUAUGCGGUGUUCGUGGUGCUGAUACUGGUAUCCAUCCUCGUCGCGAUUUGGUCCAAGUGCUCUGGCCCCAAGGAAAAAACAAAAGCUGACUAUGUCUUCGCCACCACCAGCGUUAGCAUGGCGGCCAUGCUGCUGUCUAUCGCCAGGGGGUUUCUCGGCGUCAGAGUGUUCCUAGGUUAUCCGUCCGAGUUAUUUUACAGGGGCAGCGAGAUGUGGCAGACUCUUUACGGAAUGGUGAUUGCUUUCCCGCUGAUCAGCAUUUUCUUUGUUCCUGUCUAUUAUAGUUUAGGAAUUACCUCUGUUUAUCAAUAUUUAGACCUCAGAUUUAAGUCAAGAUUGGUGCGAUGCCUGGCAUCCGGAACCUACAUCAUUCGAAGUGUGCUCAAUUUAGGGGUGACAGUCUUUACGCCAUGCGUCGCUCUGAAAGCUGUUAUUGGUCUUCCGUACUGGGCGUCCAUCGUCUCUAUCACAUUUAUUGGAGUCAGUUUUUGCAUAAUGGGAGGACUAAGAUCUGCGAUCACGGCUGAUGUUGUACAAGGAGUCAUUAUGAUAAUCUGCUCAGGGGUCAUCAUACUACACGGAAUGAUCACGGCGGGCGGCCCGUUGAAUGUCAUAAAAAUUGCGCAUGAUGCCGGUAGAUUGGAAUUCUUCAAUUCAGAGCUGGAUCCGACCCUUCGAGUGACGACUAUGUCAGCAGUAGUUGGGCAAUUAUUCAUGUCACUUUCAAUCUUUGGGUGUCAGCAAAAUUUUGUACAAAGAUAUUGCAGCAUGUCAUCUCAGAGUAAAGUUAUUUGCUCCUUAAGACUGAUUGUUCCUGUGAUGAUAGUCUUAUUCAGUUUGUCCUGGGUAGUAGGAAUGGUGAUCUAUGCCAAUUACUCGCAAUGUGAUCCUCUAAAACUAGGUUGCAUCAGUAAAAUUGAUGAAAUUCUGCCAUUCUACCUUGAGGAGAAAUUUUACUUCAUGCCUGGUUUCUUAGGACUGGUUAUGGCAAGUCUCUUCAAUGGAGCUUUGAGCUUUUUAGUUUCCAAUUUGAAUUCACUGGCAACAGUAUGUUACGAGGAUUUUGUAGCUCUGCUGCCAUGUUGUCAAGGACUGAGCGAAACAACUCAAUUGGUGUUGAUUAAAUUGAUGAGUGUUUUCUGUGGUUUGCUUGUGAUGGGCACCGCGUUUGUCGUGGCGAACAUGUCUGGUGUAAUCGAGUCAAGUAUGCUGAUGACAUCUGCGACGAGUGGACCUUUGCUAGGAGUAUUCCUAUUGGCUAUGUUCUUCCCAUCAGCAAAUUGGAAGGGGGCAGCUGGAGGAAUGAUACUCAGCCACAUAUUUGUGAUUUGGAUAACUUACGGCCGCCAACUGAUCGACAAACCCCCGGAGCCUCUUCUCCCUACAUCAAUCGAGGGCUGCGGCGAUAAUCCGUUCGGAACCUGCUCUAUCCAACCCUCCGGCAACUUCACGAAUUCGCUCUUGGAUGUGUUGUACGAUGACCGACCAGACCCAGAAGUUAUACCCACCAUAAAUGGUGAUUGGGUCAUGUAUCUGUUUUCACUGACAUACAUGUACUAUGCUUUGAUUGGAACUAUGAUCACAGUGAUUUCGGGCUUAAUCAUUAGCUACGUCACAAGUUGUUGUUCGGAAGAGAACGAGUAUGAUGAGAAUCUGAUCCAUCCAUUGGCUUUGAGACUCAGCAAACUUUUCCCAGGGAAAAAACGCUGCUACAAAACAUCAUCGGAUAUGAAUGGAACUAAGUCACCUGCUGCAGGGAUAACUACUAUCAGCGAAAAAAUGCAAGGAAAUCAAAUCAACGGAAACGCUCAUUACAACACAAUGGAACUAUACAAAACUCAAUCCAACCACUUAUAGAACCGGUUGAAUCUUAUCGACGGCUCAAGUCGGAAAAUGCCUCCUCGCGAUCACGACGUUGCAAAUAUCCGUCCGUGUCUAAACAAAAACUAACCGACCAAUGUCGCUGAAAUUUUCUAUGAAUUUUCUUCUAUCAUUUACGAAUAUCCACAGUAAAUUUCAAAGAGAUAAUUUAGUUGGCUUUCUUUUGAAAAAAUAAAACAUGUAAUCGAAGAAUUUUAAACGUUGCAAAA